ACCCGAAGAGUCUUGAUGAGAGAGGAAGAGUUGUACCAAAGGAGUUAUUACGUGGAGGUGUAAAUUGUUGACCAUGAGGGUCGUAUGACUGAUCCCUUUGGAUGUGAUGAGUGCGGUGGCAUGCACUCUUCGCAGAGAAAGGCAGUCGGAGUUCUACUAGCAUUGCAUCGGUGGCAUAAGUACAGAGGUGUCUGGCAACAGGCACAGGAAGCACGGAGUUCUGGCAUUGGCAGUCUUCCAUCUUUGCCGCAUUUGGUUCGGUCCAGCGGUCGUCUCGCGACGGCCUGCUCUUGUACCACCAGUCUUGGCCUUGUGGCCGUGUACGGAAUACCCCCCCAUCCCCUGCCCCCAUUUUCCGCCUAUGGGUGGAAUCAUCACAUCACAUCACAUCACUUGCAUUAUACGCCUCGUUGCUUAAGAGGCUUGCCCCCAUACCCCUACACACACCCCCAUCCCCCGCAUGAUACCUGGCAAAUCGACGAGAUUUCGAUUUAUACUCAAGUUUUUUCUAUUGCUAACGUGACUUUUAAGGAAUGAAUUGGUGACUUAUGUUAAGAGAAGUAAUGUCUGUAGUUAUUCACGAGGACUAAUCGUAGUAUAGAGGGUUUAGAGAGGUAGGGUAGGUAGGGUAUUUAGACACGUAAUAAGUUAUUGCCGUUGACC